AUGGCAGAAGAAUUAAUAAAAGCCCAUCUCUACUACGAUGAUAUCCACAAAAUAAGGAUUUUAGAAACUGCUGUACUCAAAGAAACUGAAGAUGUGAAAACCACUUGCAAGGAUUAUGAAUCAAAAAUUCAAGACUUCCUAAAAAUCAUCAAUACAAUGUUAGACAUUUUAAAGCAACUUGGUGAUAAUGUAGAAAAACAAAAAAUGGCUGCAAUUGGUGCUAUGAACCUUCUCAAAUCCAUAACAAAAGAUAGAGAUUCCGAACAAGCAAAGUUACAGGCCGAGAUAAAUGACAAGAGUAUAAUAUUGGAGCAACUGGACGGUGAAUAUGAUGCUCUUCAAAUCCUAGAAGCGACGCAAAUGGAAACUAUUGAAUAUUUAACCCAACUUCGGUAA